AUGAAGUACAGUAAAUGCAAAAGUACUGGAGUGGUACCCAUUAUUGCUGAUGUCCAGCAGGCUGCUCAGGAUACUUCUGAUUUUUCCCAGAACAAAGAAGUGGACUCUGUUAUUGCUCAGCCUGAGAAAAGCUCUUGCUCUCCACUACAGGUCACAUCUGCAGCUCUGAACAGGAAAAUGGGAGAAAGGGGCACCAAUGGAGCAAUUCUGGAUGUGGAACAAGCAAAACCAGCCUUGAUAACAGAAGGGACAGGGAUGUAUGACAAUAUCCACACCUAUCAUAGAACUUGUGUCACAGAGAUGACAGUUAUCGGGUGGUUGAGUGUCAUUAUUGAUGUGAUUGGACUGGCAGGAAAUGCAGCUGUGAUCUGGCUCCUGGGCUUCCGGAUGCACAGAAAUGCCAUCUCAGUUUACAUCCUAAACCUGGCUGUGGCUGAUUUCCUCUACCUAUGCUUUCAACUUGUGGAUUCCCUGCAAGAACUUAACACCUAUUUCCCUGCUAGUAUUGAAAUCUAUCACUUUGAUGUCUUCCACUUUGUGUUUUACUAUUCUUAUAUCACAGGCCUGAGUUUCCUCAGUGUUAUUAGCCUGGAGCGCUGCCUGUCUGUCCUGUGUCCCAUCUGGUACCGGUGCCGCCGCCCAAGACAUGCAUCAUUCGUCAUGUGUGUGCUGGUCUGGGUACUAUCAUUUCCAUUUCCUUUUUUACUAUCUCAUUACUGUCUAGAUUGGUACACCCCUUCUGAUUGGAACUGCUGUCUGUUAUUUAGACUGUCUACUUCUGGAUACUUACUACUUCUAUUUGUGAUUCUCUCAGGGUCCAACCUGGCUCUGACUAUAAGGAUGUUCUGUGGCUCUCGUCAUAUGUCACUGACCAGAUUGUAUGUGACCGUCCUGCUCACAGUGCUGGUCUUCAUCUUCUGUGGCCUGCCCUAUAGCAUUGGCCACUGCCUAAUAGGUGUGAUUUAUAGUGAUGUCUAUUACUAUUCCUGUUACCUUUUUAAGCUUUUAUUCUUACUAACCUCUGUUAACAGCUGUGCCAACCCCAUUAUUUACUUCUUUGUUGGCUCCUUCAGGCAGUGGCAGAGGCAGAACCUUCAGCGGGUUCUGCAGAGGGCUCUGCAGGACACUCCUGAAGACAAUGAAUGUGGAGGCAGCCUUUCUCAGGGGACCCUGGAGUUGUCAGGAAGCAGAUUGGCAUAA